UGAAAGUUUGUCUCAUUGCGUUUUUUCUUCUCCGGAGACAUUUCAAAGACAAUGAACAAAUCAAGAACCAGCCAGGAACCGUGUACGUAAUCUUGUCUGAAUCUUCGCCAAGUUGGUCGGUCCUAAGAGGUGUUCUGAAGGUUUCUUAUCCCAGUUACUAUAAAACAGGGCCGAAGAUUAGCGUUAGCAUAUCACAUAACUAACUCUCAAAACAAAAAAAAAUAGUGCAUAAUGAGAAGAGAGAGUUCUUCCAUAUGUAACCUGCGCUCUCUUCUUGUUCUUUUGAUCCAUGGCAUGAGUGUAGUGGCCGCUCAAGACCUCCUCACGGUUUCGAGUUCUUGUCAAAGUCAUUGCGGGGGAAUACCGAUUCCUUAUCCCUUUGGAAUCGGUAAAGAUUGCUAUCUCAACAAGUGGUAUGAAAUCACCUGUAACAACAACAGCUCUGUUCCGUUUCUUCCGAGUAUCAACAAAGAAGUGGUAAACAUCUCUCUCCCUGACAACAACAGCGUGCCUCUUGGGUUGGUCCGAAUCAAGAACCAAGUAACUUCUCUUGGCUGUUCUAACAGAGAAGACGGUAACUUCGCAUUGAAUGUUACAGGAAGCCCAUUUGUCCUCACAGCCAGGAACACUCUAGUGGGAGUUGGUUGCAACAACAGGGCUAUCAUGACGGACAUUGAACCGCAGAUAGGAGGGUGCGAGUCUACUUGCCAUGUAGGGCCUAGCCGAAGAGUGCAAAACAUUUCGUGCGACGGCUAUAGAUGCUGCCAAGCCAGGAUACCUUCUGACCGUCUGCAGCAAAUCUCCGUCCAAGUAGAGAGCUUCGAUGGUAACGACACAACAACAACAUCAGGAGGAUGCAAAGUUGCUUUCUUGACAGACCAGGGGUAUACGCCGUCAAAUAUUACCGAACCGGAGUUGGUUUACCCUAACGGAUAUGCGACGGUUGAGUUAGGUUGGUUCAUAGAUAUGUCCAACAAUGUUCCCAUAUUUGGAACAGGAGAAAUUUGCGUGUUAGAUGUUAAUGUUAUAGUGAAUAGAAGUUACACCGAUAAACGUUGCGUUUGUGACUUUGGUAACUAUUUAGACCGAAGCUAUAGAAGCUGUAGUUGUAACUAUGGUUACAGCGGCAACCCGUAUAUUUCAAAUGGAUGCAAAGAUAAAGAUGAGUGCGACUUAGUUGUAGGGAGACACACGUGUGGGGACGGAUAUGACUGUGUGAAUACGGAAGGAAGUUAUGAAUGCAGGCAAAGGAAAAGUAAAUCACCGGCCAUCAUUUUAGGUCUUGGUCUCGGUUUUGGCUUGUUGGUUUUAGCCAUUGGAGCGUGGUGGUUGUAUAAGUUUAUUCAAAAGCGAAGGGAGGCAAAGCGCAAGAAGAUAUUCUUCCAACGUAACGGAGGACUACUGCUGCAACAGCAACUGAAUUCUAACGAAGGAAACCUCGAGACGACAAGAGUGUUCAGCUCAAAAGAACUAGAGAAAGCCACCGAAAACUUCAGCGUUAACCGUGUGCUGGGCCAGGGCGGUCAAGGAACCGUUUACAAGGGAAUGCUCGUAGAUGGAAGAAUCGUAGCGGUGAAAAAAUCGAAAGCCGUGGACGAGGACAAGAUCGAAGAGUUUAUCAACGAGGUGGUGAUUCUCUCGCAGAUCAACCACAGGAACAUCGUGAAGCUCUUGGGAUGCUGUCUGGAGACGGAAGUCCCUGUUCUGGUCUACGAGUUUAUCCCCAACGGAAACCUUUUAGAGCAUCUCCACGUAGAGUCUGAUGAUUACACCAUGGCUACUUGGGCGAUGCGUCUGCGUAUCGCUGUGGAUAUCGCGGGAGCGCUUUCGUACCUCCACUCAGCUGCGUCGUCUCCUAUCUAUCACAGAGACAUCAAGUCGACGAACAUAAUGCUGGACGAGAGAUACCGAGCCAAGGUGUCCGAUUUCGGAACUUCGAGAUCGGUGACCGUUGAUCAUACGCAUCUCACGACCGUGGUGGCAGGAACCGUCGGGUAUGUUGAUCCAGAGUAUUUUCAGUCGAGCCAGUUUACGGACAAGAGCGAUGUUUAUAGCUUCGGGGUCGUGCUCGUGGAGCUGAUAACAGGGCAGAAGCCGGUUUCUUUCCUGAGGUCGGAAGGAAACCGAACUCUAGCGACUUAUUUCAUUACUGUGAUGAAAGAGUCUAGGCUUUUGGAGAGUAUUGAUGCUCGGAUCAAAGAUAGUUGCAACGUGGAACAAGUCGCUGCAGCUGCAAACCUGGCGAGGAGGUGUUUGAACUUGAACGGGAAGAAACGGCCGAAUAUGAGGGAAGUGUCUAUGGAACUGGAGAGGAUACGAGAUUCACAGGUCUGUAUUCAGAACGAGGUAGAUGAAGAGACCAUAGAGAUCAACGUUGGAGAUUAUUGGAAUGCUCUUUUUACUGAUUCUUCCUCUAACGUUACCACCACAUCUUCUUCUCAUUGAACAUUGGAGACCAAAUAUUAGCUGGCCUCAUACGUUUUCAGCUUUGAUGGAAUGUCAUCUUUCAAAUAAGAAAUAUAUGUAUAUAAUUAAUAUUCUUGUAGA